AUAUAAUACUUUCCAUUAAUCUAUGCUCUCCCUUGAGCUCUCCUCUUUUGCUGGAAGGAUUCGUGUCUGUUUAUUUAUUUUCCCCAGAAGUGCGGGGACAAUUUGCGCAAGGAGGGAUUGGAGUGGGAUUGGGAGUUCGUGGCACGUGUGACAGAUCCGUGCCGCUCAUCAGGUGAAAGAUAUCAUGAGAAUGGGGCGCGGCUUUGGUGGAUUGCCAGAUCCACCGAGGCGUGCUGUGGUCGAAGAGCUGGCGGAAUUCGGAGCAUCUGUGCACACGUGUGCACGGAACGAAGAGGAGCUACGCCAACGCUUGCGAGACUGGACUGAGUCGGGUUACCGGGUCACCGGCUCAGUCUGCGACGUUUCCUCACGUGCCGCACGUGAGAAGCUGAUGGAGGAGGUCUCUAAUGUCUUCCAAGGGAAGCUCAACAUUCUCAUAAACAAUGUUGGGGGAGGCAUAAUAAAAACAACUGUGGAGUAUACUGCUGAAGAUUACUCAUAUAUAAUGAGCACCACCUUCGAAUCUGCUUAUCAUUUAAGCCAACUUUCACAUCCUCUUUUGAAAGCAUCAGGAUUGGGAAACAUUGUAUUCAUCUCCUCUGUUGCUGGGUUGGUUGCUGUUGACUGCGGAACCAUUUAUUCAGCAGCUAAAGGAGCGUUGAAUCAACUAACAAAGAAUUUAGCAUGUGAAUGGGCAAAAGACAACAUUCGGACUAAUUGCGUUGCACCAUGGCUAACAAUAACCCCGGCGAUUGAUGAUGUACUUGAAAACAAGGAAUUGGUGGAAGAAGUUAUUGGCCGAACUCCUCUUCGCCGCAUCGGAGAGGCGAAGGAGGUUUCAUCUUUAGUGACAUUUCUUUGCAUGCCUGCUGCUUCGUACAUUACUGGGCAAGUUAUUGCUGUUGACGGAGGAGCGUCCAUCAAUGGUUUCUAUCCGACAAAAGACUAGAAUCCAUUAAUCGUUUUUGUUGGAAAUUACAUCCAUGGAGCAAAUGAUACUUGAAUAAAUCUUCAGAUCCCUUUAUGUAAGCUAUCUAGAUUCAUCACUCAAAUAAACCAUUACUUGGGGAACAUGUAUAAGUGAAAUAAGCUGCGGUUAGUACUUGAAAAACAUGAUUUUAUUUACGACAUAUUGAUUGGUCAUCAUUGGAAAGUUCAUACUUUAUCGGA